AUUCAGUGCAAACUUCACACAAUUAUGUCCCAGUUCAGUAACAUCGACACUUCCAGUGGUACCCGCAAUACGGAAGUAGCUACUCGUCGCGGCAAAAAGUACAAUAGAAUAAACACUGAGACGAGAAAACUCAUUAUUGGUAAGUCUGUUGCUAAUGAUAGCAGGUGCCUCUCGCCUGUUCAAACUUCCUCGGUUAACUAUUGAUAAAGUUGAUGUUGAUGAAAACAAAACUGAACGCAGACCUCGAGGUGAAC